AUGCCAUUGCUCCACACCUUAAAGGGGUGCAUUGAGAAGAACAAUUUCCAGUGGACGAAUGAGGCAGAAAAGGCGCUCCAGAAAAUCAAGGAAGCGCUACACGAGUUGCCAAAUUUGGCCACCCCUAUCCCUAGAGAAACAUUACAUGUGUAUCUUUCAACAUCAGGCGAAGCGAUAUCAUCGGUAUUGGCUGUAGAAAGGGAGGGGGAACAGAGGCCGGUGUACUUUGUUAGUAGAGUGCUGCAAGGACCAGAACUCAACUAUCCCAUGCUGGCAAAGUUGGUAUUAGCACUCACCUACGCCGCGAGACGACUAAGGCGAUACUUCCAGGCACAUCAAAUCGAGGUACUCAUGAGCUACCCCAUUAAACAAAUCUUGCUAACACCGGAGACGUCAGGCCGGCUGGCCAAGUGGGCAAUUGAGUUGGGAGAACACGACAUAAACUACCGCCCAAGAACAAGCAUCAAAGGGCAGGCGUUGGCUGACUUCUUACUGGAGAUCCCAGAUGGAGGGAACCCGGCGAAAGGGAAGGUGUGGGUAGUUGAAGGGGCCCCGGCUGACCAUGGUUCAUCGACCUUGUAUACGGAUGGAGCAUCCAGCAGGGAAGGCUUGGGGGCAGGGAUGAUCCUGACUAGCCCAGAAGGAGAGGAGAUACCCAUAAGUGAAAACAAGAGGGCAGACGCUUUGAGUAAGCUGGCGUCCACAUGCUUCGACCACCUAUCAAAGAAAGUUUUAGUAGAGGUACUUCGAGAAAGGAGUAUAGAUGAGCAGCAAGUGAACACCCUAACCCCCGCUGGGACCACAUGGAUGACACCAUUCCAGGAAUAUCUUCAAAGAGGAGUACUGUCGGACGAUCAUGAUGAGGCCAGGAAAAUACGUAUAAAUGCGUCUUCAUACGCAAUAGUGAAUGGAGAAUUGUACAAGAAGAGGUUCACGUAUCCAUGGUUAAAAUGUGCGGAUCAGGCUAAGGGGGAAGACAUAUUGCAGGAAGCACACUCAGGACAGGUGGGUGCAGAUGAAGGGGCGAGGGCCUUGACAGGCAAGGUGUUACGAAUGGGGGUAUACUGGCCAACGAUACAACAGGAUGCGAUAGAGGUAACCAGGAAAUGUGGGGAGUGUCAGUCUUAUGCCCCAGUCCAGGCGAACCCCCUGGCCCCGCUAAGCAACAUAUCCAGCCCAUGGCCUUUCUACCGGUGGGGCAUAGAUAUAGUGGGUCCAUUCCCAGAAGCACCAAGGAAACUAAAGUAUAUGGUGGUAGCUGUGGACUACAUCACAAAGUGGAUUGAAGCUGAGCCUCUGGCGUUCAUAUCUGGGAGGCACAUGAUAAAAUUCGUGUGGAAAAACAUCAUGACAAGAUUCGUAACGCCUAAGGUUCUCAUCGGCAACAAUGGCUUGCAGUUUGUUGAGAACCCGUUCAGAGAAUGGUGCACCGCUAAAGGGAUAAGCCAACGCUUCACAUCGGUGGCGCACCCUCAAGCGAACGGCCAAACGGAGGUGUCCAACCGAACCAUUGUAAAUGGGAUUAAGAAGAGGUUGGGCAAAGCAAAGGGGAAUUAG